CACGGUGUCUAUACAUUAUGGGACAUUUCACGUGUGUAGACUAGAGGCAGAGGUGAAAAGAUAUGGCGUUAUCUGUGGCGUAAAUGCUCGCGCAUCUACGCAAUUUCCUUGUGUGGGAGAGUGAGAGAGAGAUACUCGAAAGCUCUGUUCGCCCAUAGCUCACAUUACACAAGUAGAUAUCUGAUAUUCCGUGCAGGAAAAGUUAGAUCAGGUAGUUUGAAAGUUUUCGUGUAGGCUCUAUCUACCGGGACCGCACGCGCUCACAGGUGAAAUAAACACCGCCGCCGUACAUCUUUUCGUCCAGCCAUCGUGUAAAGGUCACCAGCGAUCAUCUCCUAUGUUUGAAACAAUUGUAAUGAACAUGACGAGUUUGAAGCCGUUCACCGAGCCGUUUGGGAGAGUGGCUUCUGAACCGGUGGAGGACACUGACCCCAGCAGCUUCAUUGCAGAUAUGUCUCUGAGGUCAAAUUACCCUGUUCAGGUCACUGAUCCACAAGGUAUCAGAGAUCCUGUAACCCUGCAGCUCAGCUCUGUUCCCCCUGGAUAUCUGUUGUCAGCGGUAGACAGGAUACGACAGCCUGUGGAAAAUGACAGGAGUGAAUUUAUUCCAUCAUCUUCAGUAUCAUCAGACUUCAGUAAAGAACAUAAGCCCUGUAAGGAGUGUUUAUGUUCCGCCCCUCCACCCAAAAUCAGUGACCUGAUGAACGACGAAGACCUUCUGUACACUCUAAGGCUGAAGCUGGAUCCGACUCACUGCACUGUCAAAAACUGGAAGAACUUUGCAAGCCGCUGGGGAAUGAGCUAUGAUGAGCUCACGCUUCUAGAGCAGCGCACACACGGUCCCACCUACCACAGUCCCACUCAAGAGUUCCUCUUGCGCUACAACCAGAAACCUGUCACGGAGCUCACCGAACUCUGCCAGCUCUACCAGCGCAUUGAUGUGCUUCGAUUGCUCCAGAGGUGGAUGGAGAACGACUGGCCCUCACGCUGGCAGCAGGCUCAUUAGCUGGGACUUCACAAUAACUGGACCUCAAAGGAGAAACGUGUUCGUAGUAACUGAAAUUCAUGACUGCAGGAAUGGACAGCAGGUCAGAACACACAUUACUGAACAGUGGUGGUACAAAGACAGUGUUUACAAGGUAGUACACUGGAUGUAGUUACAUUUUUUUGUUAACCUUUGGCUGAUUUUAUCAGUCCAAAUGUCACAGACUGGUUAGCUGUAUUAGUUAUGUGACAAAAGGGUGAAUAGCAAAUAGGCUAUAUGCAGCAGCACGCCAGCACUUCAGGAGAAAACGGAAAGGCCGCUCAGGUGUGACUACUCAUUUAGAUUCUGCCUGGAAAUUCUCUGUGGUUCCAGUAAUACAGCAUUUAAUUUAUUUUUAAUACAAACAGUCAUCUGCUGGCAGUGUGCCACUGUUGGUAGUUUUAUGAAGUUUCCUUAAAUUAGUAACAUAUAUGAUGUUGAGUCACUGAGCUCAAUAUCUAAAUGAGUUUUAAGACGGCUUUUGCAGACGUUAUACACUGAAAUUCAUUCUGCUUAUGUUCUAUAAAAGAGGCGGGGUCUGUUUGUGAAGUGGCCAGUUAAAAAUUCAAAAUUUGAAUUUGAGCAUGUAAAACAUUGUGGUAUAUAUCAAAAUUCCCAUUGCACUGCUCACUGAGCACUUGAAUUUAAUAUCAUGUUUGGUAUGAAUGGCACUUAAUUUUUUUUCUUUAUUUUUAGUGUUUUGAGACUUUAAGAAAAAUUUAGCAUGCCUUAGAAAGGUAAAAUACCAGUAUAACUGCAGAGAACAAUUGAUCUGAAAGUUGACUGAACUUGCUUAAUCAUUCUGAGACGUUUUAAAUUUAACUAUUGAAAAUAUUAGUUUAAAAAAUGCAGAGUGCGACUGUUUCAAAAUUUAUGGUCAAAUGUAAAUUACAAUGCAGGUAGUAGGGUAGAAUGUGACAACAUUACCUCUUCUAAACAAGAUUCUUUUAAAAAGUGUUUGGUGUUGUGCCAUGUACUCUACCUAGCUUUUUAUUUCCUGUGUCUAAACAUUAAAGCCUGUUUGUGUGCAUCAGGGUUUCUCUGUUUAAAAAUAAAACUUUUAUAUGUACAGUAUUUGAAUAUUUGUUAUAAUUACCAUUUAUAGUGUAAAUACAAAGUAUUUUUUUCAUCAGCAAUACAUUAUGAACUAUUGGCAUCGCUUGAAUGUCAGUGGUGAAUAACUAGCCUAAAUAAAUAAUUGUAGAUGAUUUACUGCUGCACUGCAUCUGUUUUACACUGUUAUCCUUUGAGGAUCUUUAAAAAAA